AUGGAUGUUCUUCCGGACGAAGUUCUAGACAUGGUCUUCAAGUACCUGUCCACACCUAUGUUGCUGGGCGUCUGCGUGCGCGUGUGUCGACGUUGGCGGUACGUCGUUGAGCGUCAGGCGCUGGCGCUGCGGGAAGAGGGCGAUGAGCGCCGCCUGCACCGCGCCAUGCGACGCGUGCUGGUCACCACGUUCCCUGUAGAUCUGUUAGGGCUCAUGGACAACAUCAUCGCCAAGGUACGGUUCAUACGCGAGAUAACCGUGCACUGCUCGGCAGCUUUUCACGAGCCGCACACAGAAGCGCUUCGAAUGCUGCCUAAUCUGGUUCACCUAGACGUGUUUUUGCAACCGCGCGUACUCGACGAGCGACUGUCGGAUAUCAUUAGGCGCCUGAACACGCUGGUGGCUAACGAGAAACUGGCGCCGGGUCUGCUCCGCGAUCUGGCGGCGAGUUCUCAGCUGGUCGCGCUACACAUGUACGGACGCGCCAUGCUCUACCCUUGCCGCGAGAUGCUGGACAUGCUGAGCGCGCGCGCCCCUUACAUGCGCGAGUUAACGCUUCGCUGCAACCAGUUGCCCGACGCGGCCUUCAGCACCAUCGGUGACUGUUACAACCUGCUCUCGCUGCAGCUGUACUCGUGUAGGCUGCUGUCGACCAUGGGGGCGCGCGCGCUAUGUCGUCCGCGGCGCUUGCGGCGCCUGCACGUGACGGGCGCGUGUCUCGUGCGGCGUCAUGCCCUCGCCGACAUGCUCGAGCUCUUGCCCGAGAAUUUAAACGAGCUCGUACUUAGUAAUAGUUGGUUCGGAGACGAACACGUAAGGAUCGUGGCGAAAAGUGCUCGCGAGCUUCGCGUCGUCGAGCUGUGGUGUUGUAAGUUAACCGCCGCCGGGGCGAAGAAGCUCGCGUGUGCGCUCCCAAAACUGGAGCAGCUAGACCUAGACCUGACCAUGCCAAAAAGGUUUCUGCAGGCGAUGGCUCGUCACUCCAGCCUGCGAUUCGUGCGUUGCGUCCCUGACAAAGCGGGCCCCCACCCCGAGCAGUACAUGCAGGAUCACCCCAUAUGGGAAGUAGAUGGAUUGCGAAUAUUUGCGACGUACGCCCUAUACAACCACAAGUAUUUCCGUACGGGUGACGAAGGGUUUCGCUCUGUGUUGUUUUACUAUUGGAUGCAGGAUGUGCCUCCUGAACCACACCUGCCGUAUGAGUAUUCAGAAGUUGACACAUAUGAAGAUCCCUUCUAUUAA